CUCUCCUCUAUAAAUGUAGGAAAUCUAUUCGCUCCUUUCACACCGAGCCUGACGAAGUACGAGGAACUGUGCGGCUCCGCGGGAUGUGUUGACAAGACUACAAUUCCGCCUUUCGGUCGUUUUUUUUAUUCCCUUUGCUUAUUUGCGGCUGUAUGCACAUAAGCUUUUUGUCUCUAAAAAUCGUUCCUGCUACCAGAGACGUAUUUCUUUCCCCCUCGUUGCCUCUGUCUCUGAGCCGUUGGUUUUCUAAGAUGAAGGCUGUUACUCCGGUCCACCCCCAGGACUCCUCCUCCGGCGGCAGCCCGCUCUCGCUGCACUAUCUGUCGAAGCAGAGCCUCAACAUCGCCCGGUGCAGGGUGGAGGAUGAGGACCUCUUCUGCCUGCAGUACGACAUGAACGACUGCUACAGCCGGCUGAAGCGCCUGGUGCCCACCAUUCCGCAGGAUAAGAAAGUCAGCAAAGUGGAGAUCCUCCAGCACGUCAUAGACUACAUCCUGGACCUGCAGCUGGCCCUGGAGACGCACCCAUCGCUCCACAAACAGCAGCCACAGCGGACCGGGACUUGCCCUCCCCCGGCCUCCAACCCGAGCCGCACGCCGCUGACGGCGCUCAACGUCGACCACCACCAGAGGACGUCAAUAGUCAACAAGCCGGAGGACUCUAUUUUAUGCCGCUGAGAUACAAACACCGCACUGGUGUGUAGGCCGCACAGAGCCGCUCCAAAGCCAGCAAAGCUUCGCCAGGGACUCACACCCAACUGGAGGCACCGAUCACAAGGGGAUUUGGAAAAAAAAUUAUAAUAAUAAAACGCCGGGAGGAGUUCAACCCAAAUAAAAUCACCAGUCAUUUCAGCUUUUUUUUUUUUUGUUUAGUUCCAUCGAGCAAGGGAGUCAGUACGUAGACUUCUCCUAGUCUCCUGUACCGUCACUUGAAAUCUUCUCCAAUUAGAGCGCGAACACGGAAUCCCCACGCCGAAGAAGUUUUUUUCCGGAAACCAGCGAUGAAAACUGUGAAUUGUGCUUAAAGAAUUGCUAAAAGGACUCCAGUUUAAAGCUUUACUAAACUGCUAAAAAAAGAAAAUGGUUGUACAAGUUUUGGACAUCUAUUGUUUCAAAUAGAUGAUUUGUGUUGAACACAAAUCCCCUGGAGCUGUAAAUGUUUGAUAUUGUAAAGAAGAAGGAUUUCCGAUUCGAGACGAUUAAGAAUGUACAUAUAUAGAGACACAAAUGUUCUAUAAAAGUAUGUGGAAGGAAGACGUAUAUGCUCAAAAUAGACUAUUGUAAUUAUAAGAUAUUUUUAUUAAAACCUUUUUUUUGUUUGUCGUUAUGUAAAUAUGGUGUUUCGACCUUUUGAGUCUCUUCGUGGACAGUUAUGCUCUGCCGAUAAUGUCCUCACAUGAUGAUAUAUCAGUUAUUACUCUUUGAAGUGUUUUCUUUUUUCUUUUUGGAAUAGUUGAAUAUGUAGCAUGUCAGGCUCACUGCGGAGACGCUGAAUGUGCUCUGAAGCCCCCCCCCCCCCCCUUGUAGAGGUCCGUGGUGGAGUUCAACACGAGUUAUUUUGAUGAGUCGGCCCACUCUUGCUUUCACUUGAAUUGUUUUGUACUCAUUAACUAUGACGACUUUGACCCGCCUGGAGCACCAGGGUCGCUCUGCUGUUAGAUUUUUUCUUCUUCUAUUGAUUCUGUUACAUUGCUCUCUUUGUUCAGAACAAAAAAGAAAUCUUGAGAGCUACGGCACUUGUGGCAGUGUUUUGCAACCCCUCUUUAAAAGAACGUCUCCGAUCCUUUUUUCGUGCGGUCGCAGCUUCUCCUUGAGAAGUUAAUGACUGACGCCGUGAAAAUCACUCUGGUUAUGAAUUGAUGAAAUAUGUGAACAUUAACAGACUCCUCGUGAACAACGAGCAGACAGGCGGUGUCUUUAGACGUGAAAUGAAGCAGAGAGAGAGAGAGGAUUUUUAUUUUUCAUUGUGACAUCGAACGCCGACUUUACCUCACCACCCUCCUGCCAGUGUGAGAGGGCACUUGUACAUUACUGUCAGCUGCACUGUUGGACUUGACCUUCACUGGCUUGUGAGGAGUUGUCAAAAACAAUUAAAGUUUCCAGGAAGAA